UGUUAAACUACCUUUAAGGCCAUGUGUGAGUCAGUGAGGCCGAAGCUGCUUUGUAGUUGAGCCUUAAACUUAGCUAACAGUGCUAGCUAUAGGUGUCCACCUAUGCUUGUUUUCACUGUAAAGGAAUUAACACUGGAUAAGAGUCUGUCUUCUCCCAGCCAGGAUGCUCCUCAUUGCUUUGUUGUGCAACCUGUUGCUCACUGCCGUGGGCCAGCAGGAGGAAAGCAAGUGGGUCAACCCUUACGACAUGACCAUGUAUGAUGCUACGACCAAAAGGAUGAGAAAGCCUACUGAGCCAGCAAGCUGUGACAAUCUGGGCACUGAAAGACAAGAGUACAAUCAGGACUCCAGCCAGACUGAGCCAUCGCCCUGCAACAAACAAGUGGAGGAGUUAGAGGGACAGAUUGAAGAUCAUAAGAAGACGAUCGAGCGCAUCUCACAGCAGCCAACAUGCAGCCCAGUGUUCAAGAGAUUUCUUAGCAGACUGUUGAAGGCAAUACAAAGUGCUGGUGUGCCCAGUGACUCCACAGAUGUCUUUUAUGAUGCCAAACUCAAAAUGUCCAAACAAGCCAUGGAGGAGAUCCAGGCACAUCUGGAGAGUGAAGACAGCUGUAGACCAGGCGUCCUGGACAAUGCCAUCAGUCAGAUUCUUGUGGACGUUAAACCGCAUGAUUAUGGGCCCAGGAAGUGGCCAUUUGAAGACACCUUUGGGGUGGAGCUGCAUACAUUAUUGAAAAUCGUGUUAUUUAUCCUGGUUAUACUAGUCAUUAUCAUGCUCCAACUGUGGACAAAGAUCUCCUGGUUUGUGCUGUUCCAACAACUGUUUGCUGUCUGCUUAUUCGUCAGUGUUAUCUGGAACUGGUUUUACCUGUACAAGCUUGCCUUUGCUGAGCAUCAAAGUAAUAUAUUGAAGAUGGAGAAUUUCAAUGCAAAAUGCACUGGAGUGGAGAAAAUGGAUUGGAUUGACAGUUUGAAAGAGUGGUUUAGAAGCACCUGGACUCUUCAAGAUGACCCCUGUAAGAGAUACUAUGAAGUUCUUAUAGUUGACCCUCUUUUGUUGGUAUCACCAAUCAAGGCAAUCUUAUUUACCAUCACAACCUUCAUCACAGAGCCACUGAAGUACUUCGGUCAGGGAUUCAGUGAAUUUCUUCGAGUGCUCCUCAAAGAUCUUCCGGUUACCCUGCAGAUCCCAGUCCUGCUCACUACCAUGCCUGCUACUGUGGUGAUUGUGUAUGCAAGUGUGCAAGCAGCCUUCCAGAAUGGCAUCAUGGCACUUUUACGCGCCCACAAAGGGACCCACCACCACCAGAGCUGAACAGAUCACCAA